UUUAUUUCUUCUAGCUAAUUGUCAUACGGAAACUGAAUACCAAGAUUUGCCGUGGACAUAUAUCAUCUCUACCGACCUUCAAGAAACAAAUACAGAGCUAAAAAUAUUUUCUUCUAUAAAAAAAAUGUCCAAAGGUGACCUUCCUAAUCAAAAGGAGAUAAUUAGAACUAGGACAAAGCACAAGCAUCUAGAAGAACACUAUGAUGAACAGCUGGAUGAAAUGUUACCAGAAAAUCAUCAUCGUGGUGACAUUGUAUCUUCAAAUCGAAUGCUUGCAUAUUCCGACGCUGUCAUGGCAACUUGCGCAACGUUUUUAGUUCUUCCCUUCAGAAACUUAAAAGUAAUCGAAGAGUUAAAAAGAAAUAACUCAACAUGCAAUUUAAGUAGGAAUUCAACAAAGAACUCAACAUUUAAUCUAAAUGAAUACUAUGAAAACAAUAUAUUAUCAGUCUAUUUUUGUCAUAACUACACAGAAUUCAUUAUGUUUUUUAUUGGGUUUUUAAUCGUUCUUUCAAUUUGGGAAAAUAUGAACAUCAGAUCACUUGUGAUCAAAAGAGUGGAUGACUUUAUCUUAACUUUGGUUAUUUUUGAAAUGUUAUUGACUUCUUUUCUUCCAUUUUCGUUAGCAUUACAAGGACAUUAUCCUGAUCAAAAAUCUUCGAUUAUCAUAACAUGCGUUGUUUUAGGCAUUCUUCAAAUUAUUGACAUUGGAAUAGUAUUGUAUUCACUUCAUUCACCAAAACUGCUUCAUAUUGAUUUAAAAGUGUGGUCACAAUCUGAUCUUCAAGAACUAACUCUAAUAAUGGUUUUCAGACCAUUAAUUAGUUUCUUCAUAGUAAGCAUCGGUGGGGCACUUUGCAUAGUUCAUUAUGGAGCAUCAUGGGCAUGUAUUGGUUUACUAACCUUAAUGCCAACUAUUCGCAAGUUUUACUGGUAUAUGCGUCGAAGAAUGAAUAAAUUUGCAAAAACAACAAAGGAUACUUUUUUGUUGCAUUUUUCAAAAGGAAGCGUACCAAAAGAACGAGUUGAAAUAAUGUCCGACGCUGCUGUUGCUAUUGUUGCGUGUAUUGUUAUUCUUGAUAUAACUGUCGAAGAAUUUCCGAAAAAAGAUGAAGUUAAAAAAGAAGGUCUUAACAACAUUUUGAGUCACAUGCAGCCGGAAUUUUUAACGUUUCUUGGCACGUUUUGUUUGGUUUCAGCCCUGUGGUACAUCAACCACACAGUCCUUCAUUUGUUCAAAACUGUGAAUUCAAUUGCGCUGUAUUUUCAAAAAUUUUUUCUUGUUUUUGGUUGUCUGUGUCCUCUUGCAGGAACCAUGCUUUUAAAAUACGCAACAAAAGGAAAUUAUAACUCCACAAUAGCCAUUAGGUUCUCUGCUUUAAUUGUAUUUUUUUCAAGUUUAGCUAAUUUUUUUAUGUUAUUAUACGGUUUAUUAUCCAAAACUAAAUUUCUAUAUGACUGGGCUUCCUGGAUGCAUUUCAAAACCAAUAAACAGCAGCACUUUUAUACUUUAGUUAAAACGUUGAAUAUACCAUUUUGGUCUUUGAUUUGUACGUUUGGCACUUUAGGAUCGUCAAAGGCAGCCCCUUACGUAUUGUACGUAACUGUUCUUGCAGUGCCUUGUUCAUUUUUUGUGUCAAAAUUAAUUCUUAUGAAUCACAUAGGUAAAGCUGCUGUUUAUUUCACACACUCUAUUAUACGUAAGUUAACGUCCAAAAGAAAUAAACCUAAGCGAAAUAAAAACGAACAAAUGUCGCUUGAUCCAAUCAAUCACAUAUCGUGAAUAACUCAACUUAUCUCAUACAAUUAUCUCACGACUCAAUUUAUUUUUCGAUUUAUGUUUUAAUUUAUUCUUCGAUUUAUGUUUACAAAGAACCUUUUAUUAUAACAACAGAAUACCAAUAAAAAAAUUAUUU